AAUACUGAUAAUUGGGUUCGAGUUUUAAAAGAGUAUCGAUCUUCAGCUAAUUUGGAUUAUAACAUAACUACGAUUCUUGAUACGAUGCAAUUAGAACAAGAAUUGAUCCAGUUUUUUUUGGGUUUAUGUUGCAAGGAUAAAGAACCUUAUUCUCCAAAAUCUAUUUAUAAUUGUUAUUAUGUAAUUGUUCGUUAUUUGAAAGACAAUUCAUUAAUGCAUCCAUGUUCUAACUUGUUUGAUGAAACUUGUUAUGGUAAAUUAAUAAAAUCAUUAGAUAGUAAAAUCAAAAAGACUCAAGAUCUUAAUUCUCGAUCUGCUGAUAAAUCUGAUUCACUUUCAUUUGAAGAAGUUCGUCAUAUUUUAAAUCAUGAUGAAUUGCGUGAUGAUUCUCCUCAAGCUUUAACUAAAAGAGUUUACUUUUGGCUUUGCUUACUCUGUGGAUUUCGUGGUGAAAAAAAUAAUGCCAGGGGCAUUAAAAAUCUUGAUAAUGCAGGACACAAUUUGUGUGGUAUUUGGUUUGUUGAUAAUUCUCUUGGACGGCACUCUCAUAAAAAUAUGAAUCGUGAAAUUUGUAAAGUCACAGGAAUAUCAAUACACUUAAGGAAAAUCACAAACUAUUCAUUACGCCGUACUGCUAUUCAGAUCCUUACCGAAUUAAAUGUUGCUACCAAUCAUAUAAUGCCUUUUUCAGGACAUCGUACUCUUAAUAGUGUAAUAUCUUACCAAACUUUUACGCCACAAGUAAUGCAUAAUACGGUGUCUUUAAUUAUUCCAGAUUGCAAUUCUUCUGAAUUCAACAAUAAUGAUAAGAAAGAAGAUCACAAUAAAGAAUAUUCUGGUAAUCAGAAAGAAAACCAUGAUAAAGAUUAUGGUAAUAAGGAAGAAAUUCACGAUGAUGGCAAUAAAAAUGAGGAUGCAAAUAAAAAAACUCCAUUACCAUCAAAUGUAGAAUCGAAUUCUCAUAAUUCUAGAAAAAAGUGCAAGGUUCUCAAAACUUCACACGACUGGUCUAAACCUUUUAAAAUUCCAUAUCACACUUCCUCAAAACAAACAAGCCCUGCAUUACAAGAAAGUAAUAAUAAAGAUUGUAACAAGCCUUUAAAUAAUAGUGUAAUGCCCCAAAUUAAUAUUAAUAACUGUAAAAAUAUUAGUGUUGAUAUCACGAUUAAACAUUCUUAA